UAUGACUCUUGUCAUAUCACACCAUCCACUUUCAUCAUCCAUUUACAGAGAUCUUCUCACCAUUGUAACUAAGCCGUGAGACUGUCAGCUGUUUUCUAAGAAAGAGCAGAAUAUCCAUGGCUCUUUUGCGCAAAUACAUCUGGUUACUUGUGAUACUUGGGAUGAUUUUCGUGAGUGUGGUGAUCAGCCUCAUCUUUUUUCUCAUCAAUAAGUGCAUAUCCAGACAAGGCAAACACAGAAUCUCAAAUCUUCACAAAAGAUCAGACUUCAAUAUCAGCAGCAACAAAUACCAGGAGACAACCCUUAAAGCCGAUGUUCCACCUUUACCUCCUCGGACACAGUUUCUCACAGCAGAGGCCCAAAGCUAUGAGAACCUGGCUGAGGCACCUGAAUAUGAGCAGAGCACACCAGACUAUGUGCAGAGCACACCAGACUAUGUGCAGAGCAUGCCAGACUAUGUGCAGAGCACACCAGACUAUGUGCAGAGCACACCAGACUAUGUGCAGAGCAUGCCAGACUACGAGCAGAACAUAGCAGACUAUGAGCAGAGCACACCAGACGAUGUGCAGAGCAUGCAAGACUACGAGCAAAUAGCAGACGUGCAGAGCCUGGACGAACAGCCUGACUAUGUGAAGGUGGAUGAAGAGGAAAUUCUCCCUCCUCCUCCACCAUGCGAGGAUCCAGCAGAAGACAACUCCUCCACAGAGGACUACGAUGACAUCGGAGGUGAAAACGAAAACGAGGCUGAAGAGGACUACGACGACGUGGGAUAAGACCACAAGAGAACAGGAGAGAGACACUUUUGACUUUAUCAUCUUCUGGAUCCUGCAGAGCAGAGAGAUCAGAAUCACUUUACCUUGCCACAGAUUUCUUUUUGACGUUUGUUUUUUUUGAUUGUUUAUAGUUUUGUUUAAUAUUCAUGAAGUAGAACAUAAAGGACAUAAAUGUGUAUAUUUUGUGCAACUUAUGGAGAGAAGCACAAAGAACAGUUCUGACAGUGUAAGUGAUAUAACAGGGAGAGAAAGGUUUGAUUCUACUCUUAUGACCUUUAACACAUUCAUUCUAACUUUAACCAACAUUGUAAACAGUUUAUUUAUAGUUACUAUUAUUCUAUAGUAUGUGGCCGUAUUGGACAAUCAACAAUUAUUUGACUCAUGUACAUAGUUUAAAUAUUUGUUUAAUUAUUGGAAACACCUUGACAAAUUGAUCAGAUGGUGGUGGUCUAUACAAAUGAGAUUAGAUUAGAUUUAAUUUUAUUGUCAUUGCGCAUGUAACUGGUACAAAGCAACGAAACGCAGAUGCAUCCAAAUAAAAUUAUACUUUUUAUGUUUGGAUAUUAUUGUUUAGCCGGGAGGCCAUUAGCUCAGCUUAGCAUGUCGUUGGCUAACAUGUUAGGUCUUGUUUGUUUUAUUCGUACACAAACAGACUUUUAAAACUUAGAAAUUCUUAUUUUUUAAUAUUUUAAAAUCACAUUAAAUUUAUUUUUCUUAUUGUCAACAAAUCACAUAAAAAGAAAAAUCUUUAUCUAUUGUUGAAAACAGUCCCUGUCAAAUGCACUGUUUAAUCCUGUUUAAUGUUUUCUAAAAACUACAGCGCCCAGCUGGUUCAUGAAAUCAUUUAGCCUUUUUUCCAAAUGACACAGCUGUAAAGAUUUACACUUUCAGAAGGAACAUAAGCCAAAGAGGCACAGAGCGGGUAGGAAAGUCAGACAAUACUAAAUGACUGACGAAUUGGUUUAAGUUUAGUUUUAGAUGUUUUCAAGGGAUUUGUUGACAAUCACACAAGUAUAGAAUAUCACUAAGUCUGGUAAUAUUCUAUAUAUAUGUCCUUUAAGCUUCCAAAUAUGAUAUUUGAGUGAGCAUAUAGGUUGACAUUUGCACAGAACAUACUUUGACAACUAGAAAAGUCAAGAAACUGCAUGAUGGAUUCCUCUGCUGUCACCAGGCUGCCCCCUGCGGUCCGCUUUGACUUUGCACCUGAGCCUCGCUUGCAUUUGGAGAAUGUGUCAUCUCUGCCUUUAGAUUUGUUCCUAAUGACUGAUUCUGUACCUCUUUAAGUUCAUCAGUUUUCUCUUGAGAGAGGUUUUUGUGGCAGAUAUCUUCGUUCCAGCGCCAUGGCAAAAAGUGACACUGCUUUGAAAGGAAAGAAAUGCUUGUACUUUAAUGGAUCAUGACAUCUUAGCUUUUGCAACAUUAACUGUCUCAUAAAAAAAACUAUCCACUGUCUUCCCAGAAGUUUUUCUAUUUCUUGUGAUAUUCUUAACAGAAGUUUUCACCUUUAAAAGUUUCUCCUGCACAUGAACCAAUCCAAAAGUUUAAAAUUUUGAGCUCUCUUGAAGCUCACAGACCAUUUUCUCAGUAGACAUUAUGCUGGCUCACUGUCAUGAAUUGACGGAGCUGAGCCAUUGUUUAAUAAAUUUGUUUUACCUGUGCUUUUCCUGCUAUAUGACAAGUCAAAAUAUCUGCUGUGAAAAAGGUCUAUUUCUUUCUUUUCAAAAGCCAGAACACUAGAAAAAUAUUUUCUAAUGUCCCUUGUUUUACAAUGAAUAAUACAUGUUCUCUUCUUGGGUGUGAUUUGCCCCAUAUGAUUGUGUUUCUUGCUUGCUCUUCAGCCUCUUGGACCCUUAGGUUGGUAAAAUGUUUUUUUUUUCUUAGCAGUUAUCAAAUUCCUUUAAGCAUUGCGGAUUAAUUUAGCAGAAGUGCUUGUGUAUUAGAUAUAUUACAGCUAUUAAAUUGUGCAAAAAGGUAUCAUUAUCUAGGGUUAUCACACAAAUCAUAAAGGGAAACAAACCGCCCCAUGUGAAUAUGUGUGUGUAUAUAGAUGGCUGUAUAUAUACUGCUAAACUUCAAUUAAAAGCCUAGUCCCACUUA